ACUGGUGAUGCCUGGAGCUCUGAUUAUUUUCUGCAACAGCGUGUGAGAAUUCCAUCAUGCCUCAAAACGGUGUAUCCAAUCCGCCGUAUCCCACACGGAUUGAGGCUCUGUUGCGUCCGGUCCACCGGCCAAUCCUCUACCUCAAACGAGCCAGCAUCGCCGCGUCCUAUCCCAUCCGUGGCAUCUGGUAUUUCUUGCGCCAUCGCGAGUUGUGGCCCCUCUUUGUUGGACGCAUGCUGCCACUGUCUCUCAUAUCUUUCUUGGUUUACUUUGUGCUCUUCACCUUUGCUUUUCUGCCUCAGUAUGCAUUCCUAGCCAUUUUCCACGGCUGGGGUGCUUGGGUCAACGCCGUGGUGCUGGUUUUGGGAGAGGGCCUCAUCGUCAUCCAGGGUCUUUUCGAGGGCUUCUUUGUGGAUGAGUGUAGAGUAGAUGUGUUUGAUGCAACUCUCAUCAACUACUCGUUGACUGACCUCAUCUCUCCGCAUCGAAUUCUGUUCCUUGACGCCCCCAAUUCCGUCAAAAUGCUUGGAAAGCCAACGACCUCUGCCGUGUACACACCAUGGAGUAUCAUUCAGAUCGUCGAGCUCAUCGUUUUCCUGCCUCUCAACCUGGUACCCUACGUCGGGACACUGGCAUUCAUCAUCAUCACGGGAGCGAGACUGGGUAAACUGGCUCAUUAUCGGUGGUUUGACAUUAAGGGCCUAUCUAAGGACCAGGAAAAGAAGGAACUGAGGGAUCGUGCGUGGGAGUACGUCUGGUUUGGCACCGUCGCCAUGAUCCUGGAGCUGAUUCCCAUCCUGUCGCUCUUUUUCCUCUUGACUACAACGGCGGGUGCAGCCAUGUGGGCGGCGCGGAUGGAGGAGGAGGACAGAAGGAGAGCUGUGGAUGGUCUCAUAAGCCGAGAGGACUCGUCUGCACCACCUCCAUAUACGGACCACGUCGUAUGACGCAGGUGAUUGGAUAACUGCACGCCAAAUCUGAUGCUAUCUGCGCCUCACUUAUCACUCUUUGUGUUGCUCUCCAACCUUCACGCUGCUCGCUUCGUUCAUGCAUUUGAACACUGUGAAACCUGGCCUGGCUGAACCGCCCCUGCCUGAGGCUUUUGUCCAGGUCUCCUGGCUGGCUCAGAGAGAGAAGGAGGAUUCUGGGGUGGUGCUACAAGGCUCUUCGGCCCUUAGCCAAGAGCCAAUCGCAACAUAGGCAAGUUGAGCGUGUAGUUGAGGCGUGGCGAAUUAAUUUCCCUGGGUGUCCGCUGUAGUGGAAGGAAGCAGUUGCCCCAUGUCGUUGUCUCGCAGUUGGCUCCGAGUGGAAUCAACCAACACCAAGAGGAAUGUUCACGACAUCUGGAGACAAAGACUAGAGGUUGCAGAGUCUCUUAAUUAAAAAUAAUCUCAAUAUCUACUAUGAAUUCCUCGA